AUCCAGGGUGGUCUGGGUGCAGAACACUGUGGCCCACCAGCUCAGGCAGGUCGGGUCAGGGUAGGUGACACAGAAAGGGAUCAAGGAUCACUCUCUAUGAGGGCAAGCACUUCACGGGGCAGAAGCUGGAGGUCUUUGGGGACUGUGACAACUUCCAGGACCGAGGAUUUAUGAACCGGGUGAACUCCAUCCACGUAGAGAGUGGAGCCUGGGUCUGCUUCGACCACCCUGACUUCCAGGGCCAGCAGUUCAUCCUGGAGCACGGCGACUACCCUGACUUCUUCCGCUGGAACGGCCACAAUGACCACAUGGGCUCCUGUCGGCCUGCGGGCAUGCACGGGGAGCAUUUCUGCCUAGAAGUCUUCGAGGGCUGCAACUUCACGGGCCCGUGCCUGGAGUUCCAGGAUGACUGCCCCUUCCUUCAGAGUCGGGGCUGGGCCAAGAGCUGCGUCAACGCCAUCAAGGUGUACGGGGACGGAGCGUGGGUCCUGUACGAGGAGCCCAACUACCGCGGCCGCAUGUACCUGGUGGAGCGCGGUGACUUCCGCAGCUUCUCUGACUGGGAGGCCCCCAGCGCGCGUGUCCAGUCCCUCCGCAGGGUGGUCAACUUCUUUUAGCCGGGCCGCCCGGGUCUGGCCAGGACAGUCCCUUCCCGGCCCACCUGGGACUGGGGACCGUGGGGAAUAA